CUUUCUCUUUCAGCAGAACCAAAGCCAGAGGUGCACCCAUGUCCCUCCUGCUCUCUGGCCUUCUCCAGUCAGAACUUCCUCAGCCACCACGUGAAACUCAGUCAUCCCUCUCAGAUUCUCCCAGGAACAUCUGCAAGAAAACACCUCCAAGCAGAGGAACCCUGUCCGGAGGAUCAGAAUCAGCAGCAGCAACAUCCUAGUACGCACAGCUGGAAUAAAGCUGAAGGUCAAGAGGUCAAAGAAAAGUCCAAACCUCUGCUUAAAAGGAUCAGUCAGAGGAGAAUCUCAAAACCCUUUUUCCAACCUUUCAAAGAACAAAUGAGCUCUAGUGAGCAUGAGAGACUGAUGGAAGAAGAGCCCCAGAGAGGCCAGAAAGAGAGUCCGGAGGACACAGGCAAGUUUUUUGUGGAAGUAGGAAUGUCACAAAUUGUAACAAUCGAGCAUGGAGGGUGUAGGCAAGGCAUCAGUGAUGGGUCACAUCUCAUCACACAUCAGGGGACACACUCUGGGGAGAAGCCCUAUGUUUGCAGGGAGUGCGGGCGAGGCUUUACAUGCAAGAGAAAUCUCAUCAGACACCAGAGGACACACUCUGGGGAGAAGCCCUAUGUUUGCAGGGAGUGUGGGAGAGGCUUUACACACAAGACAACUCUCAUCACACACCAGAGGACACACUCUGGGGAGAAGCCCUAUGUUUGCAGGGAGUGCGGGCGAGGCUUUACAUGCAAGUCACAUCUCAUCAGACACCAGAGGACACACUCUGGGGAGAAGCCCUAUGUUUGCAGGGAGUGUGGGCGAGGCUUUACACACAAGACAACUCUCAUCAGACACCAGAGGACACAUUCUGGGGAGAAGCCCUAUGUUUGCAGGGAGUGCAGGCGAGGCUUUUCAUGCAAGUCAGAUCUCAUCACACACCAGAGGACACACUCUGGGGAGAAGCCCUAUGUUUGCAGGGAGUGCGGGCGAGGCUUUACACGCAAGACAACUCUCAUCAGACACCAGAGGACACACUCUGGGGAGAAGCCCUAUGUUUGCAGGGAGUGUGGGAGAGGCUUUACACAGCAGUCAGAUCUCAUCACACACCAGAGGAUACACUCUGGGGAGAAGCCCCAUGUUUGCAGGGAGUGUGGGCGAGGCUUUACAUGGAAGUCACGUCUCAUCAGACACCAGAGGACACACUCUGGGGAGAAGCUCUAUGUUUGCAGGGAGUGCAGGCGAGGCUUUUCAUGCAAGUCAGAUCUCAUCACACACCAGAGGACACACUCUGGGGAGAAGCCCUAUGUUUGCAGGGAGUGCGGGCGAGGCUUUACAUGCAAGUCACAUCUCAUAGGACACCAGAGGACACACUCUGGGGAGAAGCCCUAUGUUUGCAGGGAGUGCGGGCGAGGCUUUACAUGCAAGUCACAUCUCAUCAGACACCAGAGGACACACUCUGGGGAGAAGCUCUAUGUUUGCAGGGAGUGUGGGCAAGGCUUUACACAGCAGUCAGAUCUCAUCACACACCAGAGGACACACUCUGGGGAGAAGCCCUAUGUUUGCAGGGAGUGCGGGCGAGGCUUUACAUGGAAGUCAGAUCUCAUCAGACACCAGAGGACACACUCUGGGGAGAAGCCCUAUGUUUGCAGAGAGUGCGGGCGAGGCUUUAUAUGCAAGACAAAUCUCAUCAGACACCAGAGGACACACUCUGGGGAGAAGCUCUAUGUUUGCAGGUUGAGUGAGUGAGUCAUUAGCAUUAAGUCACGUAUCAAUAGCCAUAGGAAGUCACAGCCCCUUACUCUCCCCAAGAUUGUAAUUAGUAUAGAAGUAACUGGUUAAACAAACCUUCCAGUUUCAUUACAAGAGAUGAAAUGGACAAACAGUUCCAUAGUAAUAUGGGGAUGUCAGCACCAAACUCCUUCAUGGUUCUUUGACCUAUUCUAAAACGUUUUGUCUCCAUACACAUCUCUCAUUUUCCCCAUCACUGAAAGCAGAGGAUUCCUAAAGAGCCACAAAGAACUCAUUCUCUCAGCCACAGAAAUUCAACUCCUGCAAAUGUGUAAAUGUGGAAUCAGUCUACUUUUGUUACUCCCUAAAGAGAGGGAUUUGAGACAGACUCACCCAGGAAGGGAAUUCCCCAGACUCCUGGAAAGGGCCUUUCUCCUAAUCAGCUCCAUACUUCUCCCUUGCCUUCUCUCGGCUCUUCUGGUUUCCUACAACCUCUGGAGCAUCAGAGGUGAAUGGCAGGGAGAGAUGGAUGCUUGUGCAUGGACAUGAGCCUG